UGCGCUUACUCCUGGUUUCUUUCCCCCUCUCAUUUUGCCGCUCCUGACCUUUCGGAUAUUCCCACGCGUCUUCGUCUGAGUUACAUCGCAUCCCUCUGGCUGCUCCUCUUUCGUUCACCCUCUGUCCCUGCUCCUUUUUUCGCUGCACCAUGUUCUAUCUGCUUCUAGGCACCACUCUCUUUGCAUGGACUCUCUACAGUCUCAAUGGCUUGAUCCAAAAUAUCAAAAGUGUCCGGAAACUGAACAUUCCUUACCAUGUUCUCCCUGCCAGUCCCGUCAACCCGCUCUGGAUCGUCCUCGAGCCGGUAAUUUACUUCAUUUUGGAUCGUCUUCCAUUUGAAUUUGGUCGAGUCAGACAUUAUGGCCGACGCAGCUGGCAGUUUGGCGACCGAGCGCAGUCGCACCUGCGCAUGGGCGACGCGUGGGCGCUGGCCACCCCAUCCGAGGUCUUCGUCUAUGUGUGCGAUGCGGAGGCAAUCACCCAAAUCAUAAAUCGCCGUGCAGUUUUCACACGCCCAGUCGAGCUCUAUAAGAUGUUGGAUGUGUUUGGUCCAAAUGUGGCAACGACCCUCGGGGCCGACUGGCAGCGUCACCGCAAGAUCGUGGCCGCACCGUUCAAUGAAGGCAUCAACAGUCUUGUCUGGGAGGAGGCUUCCUCGCAAGCCCAGGCUCUGCUUGCAACGGCCGGAUCGGCCCCAGCCGGCGGGCUGGGCACCGACAUCCGCACCUUGGCUCUCAACGUCCUUGCAGCCACGGGGUUCAAGCGCCCGCAAUCCUUCCACGGCUCCCAGGAGGCCCGAUCCCAGGAAGCUCGCUCGUAUGGCGAUUCGCUUAAUCUCGUGAUGGAAAAUUCUUUCUUGAUCAUGCUAAUUCCCCCGUGGAUCCUGAAACUCCCUGUGCUGCCCAGCUGGUGUCGACGGGUCGGCGAGGCGGUCGAGAUUUUCAAGCAGCAUAUGCUGACCAUGUUUAACGUGGAGAAAUCGCUGCUGGAAAAAGGGGAGCCCGGCACGGGGACCCUGAUGUCCUCCCUUAUCCGCGAGUCUGAGGUCACCCGUCACAGCAACCGCAAGCCGCUUACCAUCCAUGAGAUCCUCGGGAACAUCUACGUGAUCAACUUCGCCGGACAUGACACCACUGCCAACACGAUGACAUACCUGAUGUUCUUGCUAGCUGCGUACCCGGACAUCCAGGAGUGGAUAGCCGAGGAGAUCCGGACGGUCAUAGCCCGCAGCGACCAGGACUCCGUGGGCUAUAAAGCAGCGUAUCCCCGACUGAAACGCUGCCUCGCCGUAUUGCUCGAAACUGUCCGCCUGUACCCGGCGAUCUUGGCCCUUCCCAAAUCCGUCGCACCAGCGCAAGCGACCCUCCACCUCCCCGAGAGUAAUCGCACCCUCGUCCUCCCGCAUGGAGCCGUCAUCCUACCUAGUCUGCUAGCUGUGCAGACCCACCCGCGCUAUUGGCCUGAUGAGCCAAAUGCCUGGCGUCCCCGCCGCUGGAUCAGUUCUCCUGCGGUGGACACCACGACGAACCAGAGUAUGGAGGGUAUCCCUGCCAGCCAGGUGGAGCAACUCGCACGCGAAGAAAUUAUCGAGCCGCGACCGGGGACCUAUAUCCCUUGGUCCGCUGGAGCGCAGGUGUGCGCGGGCCAGAAGUUCGCGCAGGUCGAGACUGUGGCGGUCUUGGCUUCCCUCUUCCGCGAGCAUCGGCUCCGGGUUGUACUUGAAGACGGAGAGGAUUUUGAGGCGGCUCAGGCGCGGCUGGUGGCCAAGACGCUGGAUACGCAUCAGCUGCUGGUGAUUCAGAUGCGGGAUCCGGAUAGUGUCAAGUUUGUCUGGGAGCAUGUGGGGUGAAAAGCGGUCACGAGAUGUGUUUCUAUCCGUGAAGAUCGUGGACCAACGGCCCUACUUGUACAUGAGAGUUAUUAUGGCAAGGAGUAGAAUUAAAUCGCGCCGGAUAUACUUGAGUGGCAUGUUGAUGUAAGUGUC